UGGGCGGGGCCGAAGCACCCGGGUCCACUGCCCGCGGACCCGGGGGGUGGAGGCCACGCUGACGCCGGUGGGGCAGGACCGCGGGGAAGCGGCCUCGGAGGCCUGCGAACUCCCCGAGGACCGGCACUCCCCUCUGCGGGUGGGGCGCAGGGCGCUGAAGGGGACAGGAAAGUGAUGAAUGAAGCACGUUUGAUUUGGAUUCAGAAGCCUGAAACUCCUCGGCUUUGCCGUGUGCCAACCGUGUGAUCCCAGCUGCUCUAGUACCGUCUUCCACACACGAGGAAAUGAGAAAAAUACCAAACAAUGGGAACCUGAGGAUGACGAAGGUGGCGUACCCGCUGGGGCUGUUCGUGUGCCUGUUCAUCUACGUCGCCUACAUCAAGUGGCACUGGGCCUCCGCCACCCAGGCCUUUCUCGGCAUCCCCGAAGCGGCCACGGGGGCCCGGAGGGGCCAGCAGGCCCGCAGUCUGCCAGGGGCGGCCACCCACGGACCUGAGGUCUCCUAUGGCAUCAUGUUUGACGCGGGCAGCACCGGCACCCGUGUGCACGUCUUCCAGUUCAGCCGGCAGCCUGGAGAAACUCCCACCUUGACCCAUGAAACCUUCAAAGCACUGAAGCCAGGUCUUUCUGCUUAUGCUGAUGACGUUGAAAAGAGCGCCCCGGGGAUCCAGGAGCUACUGGAUGUGGCCAAACAGGACAUCCCCUUUGACUUCUGGAAGGCCACCCCCUUGGUCCUCAAGGCCACAGCUGGUCUGCGCCUGCUGCCAGGAGAGAAGGCUCAGAAGUUGCUGCGGAAGGUGAAAGAAGUGUUUGAGGCGUCGCCAUUCCUCGUGGGGGACGACUGUGUUUCCAUCAUGAACGGGACUGACGAGGGUGUUUCCGCGUGGAUCACCGUGAACUUCUUAACAGGCAGCCUGAAGACCCCCGGGAGGGGCAGCGUGGGCAUGCUGGACCUAGGCGGGGGGUCGACCCAGAUCACCUUCCUCCCAAGACUAGAGGGAACCCUUCAAACCUCGCCACCCAGCUUCCUCACGUCCCUCCAGGUGUUUAACAGGACCUACAGGCUCUACUCCUACAGCUACCUGGGGCUUGGCUUGAUGUCGGCGAGACUGGCGGUACUGGGAGGCGAGGAGGGGAAGCCUGCUGAGGAUGGACAAGAGCUGGUCAGCCCCUGUCUGUCUACUGGUUUCAGAGGAGAGUGGACGCAUGCUGAAGUGACGUACAGGAUUGCAGGACAGGAGGCAGCGGGAAGCCUCUACCAGCUGUGCGCCCGCCGAGUGUCCGAGAUCCUCCGAAACAAAGUGCACAGGACAGAGGAAGUGAAGGACGUGGAAUUCUAUGCCUUUUCCUACUAUUACGACCUUGCCACAAACGUGGGCCUCAUAGAUGCAGAGAAGGGAGGCAGCCUUGUCGUUGAGGACUUUGAGAUAGCGGCCAAGUAUGUGUGCCGGACGGCGGAGACCCGGCCGCCACCCAGCCCCUUCCUGUGCCUGGACCUCACCUACGUCAGCUUGCUGCUCCAGGAGCUUGGCUUCCCAGGAGACAAAGUGCUGAAGCUGACCCGGAAGAUCGACAACGUGGAGACCAGCUGGGCUCUGGGCGCCACUUUUCAUUACAUCGACUCCCUGAGCAGACACAAGAGCCCCACCUCGUAGCCACUGAGUUGCCAGCCGUCCCCGCAGAAGCACAGGCUCUGCGAGAGCAGGCCCCUUUAGGCCCCCCGACUUGUGGGAUGGGGGCCACAGCACCAGCCGGGACCCUCCUCCCCACGGCCGCACACACCAACCCCUGGGUGCGCUGGAACGCAGCCCAGGCUUUGGCUCCAGGUGGACGGUGUCCAGACAGGGCAGGGGGCGCAGGCUGAGGCCAGGGCGGCCCCUCGGCCAUCCACACUGUCCCAUCUCAGGCCUGGGGUGGGUGUGACAUGCAUCCCAUGACAGGAGUCUUGUUUUGUGCUGCUCUCCAGCAGGCGUCCCCCCAAGCCAGUGGGCCUGGUGUCCCCGGGGGUGUGGACUGGGACGUCAUCCAGAAGCCGCGUCCUCAGGGGGCUCAGGCUCAGCUGCCAGGUUGGCACUGAGCAUGGGAUGGGGGCUGGAGGGGAUGCCUCUCCAUGGCCCACCUGCCCAGGCUCCUCGAGUGGCCUAAAUGUGAGUGUGUGCUGCUGUGAAGAGUGUGUGUGUGUCUGUGUGGUGUCAAGCACUCGCACAGAAGCUGUGUCCUGAGCCGUGUGUGUGUGUGUAUGUGUGUGUCUGAAUGUGAGUGUGCACUGCUGUGAAGAGUGUGUGUGUGUCUAUGUGUGACGUCUGUGUGGUGCCAAGCACUUGCGCAGAAUCUGUGUCCUGAGCCAUGCAUGUGUGUGUGUGUGUGUGUGUGUGUGUGUGUGAGUGAGUGUGAGUGUGUGUGAGUGAGAGUGACGUCUGUGUGGUGCCGAGUGCUCACACAGAAGCUGUGUGCUGAGCCCAAUGGAUGUAUCGCUGCCUGAGCCAUUGGCCGCCAAGCAGUGUCCACCCGGCCACAGCCCCGGAUCCACCCUCUGGCGGCCGAGCCCUCACAGGGUGCUGGCCGAGCCAGGCACAGGGCUCUGUCGGCCCCAGGCCCACAGCUGCUCCUGUGGUGAAUGUACAGUUUUUGAAAUAAGCUGAACCUCAUGUGUUCCACGUGAAAUAAAGGGUUUUCCAGGGUU